AUGGAGGCUGGCUUGAUAUUUGACGAGUAUGACAAAUACACAGAUAACUCCUUACUCCAAAACUUUCGACUGAGGGACUGCAUGGGGAUAGGACAAUGUGAAGAAGAAGGAUUAAAUGUUGCUGACAUGGUUUCUCUUCUUAACGGGCACAUUAAGGAUGGUUAUAGGUUUAACCCAAUAAGUCCAAUUUCACCAGAAAACAAGGACCACUGGCGUAUUAAUCCAAGGUUCGAAGUUCAGACCCAUUGUGUUGUUUUUGUAGUUGAUGCAAAUGUCAUGCAUUCUGGCAAUCAUGUAGCCUAUGACAGGAAAAUAAGUGAAAUACAAGAUGCAGUGAAGCGAUUAUGUGUACCAAGUGUUUUGAUCUUGACAAAAGCUGACGUUCUUUGCCAAGAGGUUCAAAAGGACAUUACAAACAUGUUCCGAAGCGUUAAGGUUAGAGAAGCUGUUAUAAAAGCAAGCGAAGAGUUUAAUAUUCCGUUAGCCUCCAUUCAUCCAGUUUGGAAUUAUGAAGAUUCUAUUGAAAUCAGUUGGAAAAGGAACAUACCACUUCUGCUCGCCUUGAGGCAAAUUACACAGUAUGCAAAGGGCAAGAUUGAUGCUUUCAACGAACAUAGCUAUCGUUACAAACAUAAGUUAUGGCAGGAGUGA